GCGUUCGUGUUGAGGUUUUUGCUUUUUUCUACUAUGUAUUAAUUUUUUAGCAUUUGUGCCUUUUGCCAUUUUUGUUGUAGGAUUUCGUUAGUUACAAAUUAAUUGUAAAUAGUGGCUUUGCAUGCUCAUAUACACUUCACAGUAUACCAGUUAACAGUAAAUGAAAUUGCAAGAUAGAUUUCUUCCUUACGAUAUUCGGUGCCCUGUUUGUAGCUUUAUGGAGCUCCAGAAUCAUUGUUUACAAAAUUUAUAGUCCUUGGGUCUGCCUGACGUUUGUCGGGUCUGAAAUCUGGCUGAUUCCUUGCAAAAUUUUACUCGACGAAGACGAAUUCGAGAACUUCAGCAGCCGAAGUUUACUGACCAUGUCGCAUCGUAGUAUUUUGUUGUAUCUUCGAUGCAUAGAAUCAGCACGCCUGCAUGCUGGUGGUGUGCUGCAAGCGAGGACUGCAUCCACGACCGCGGUCGCGAUGAGACCAUCGGAUAAUGAUUCCAAGAAGGAUAAGGAGCCGCUUGUCCUGGAUCUGCGGACUCCCAAGACUGAUCGUCCACAUCCAUCUCCGAUAUCUAAACUGAAAACUGUACUGGCUGGUAUGAAAGUCGAUGGCAGCAAACAGUCAUCGGUGGAUGAAAGAGAAAGAGAGGAUGUGCGAAAACGGCCUGCUUUUACCCAUACAGCAGACGUUCCGCGCAAGGAAGAGUCGACGACCGCUGCUCCGCGGGUGGAUCCUCAGUUAGUGGACGCCGUGGAAAAAGUAUCUCUGGCAUUUGCACCGAAAAUCGACCCGGCCACGGUAAAAUCGGAAUUGCUUGCUAAACUCCUCGAUCAUGCCGAGCAGACGGAUAAAGCUAAAGCGUCAGCUGCUGAUUUAAGUCAUCUAAUAGCGGGAAUGAAGAUCGACAGAUCGAAACCCCCCGUCGAAGUGGGAGCUCAGGUGCCCUUCCAGGCUUUUGAGGAAACUGCUCAGAAGCCUAUCCGAGCGAUGAUGGAGACCGUUAUGAACGAUAGUGCCGUACCCGCAGCAAGCGAUCGGGCUCGACCUCGACAGCCCCCGCCUGUGAUGGAACGAAUAGACAUAUUUGGUGGUCGGCCUUUGGAAAUAUUCAAGGAUGUGGAAUCAUUACGGGCAAAGCCUCAGUUCAGGCUAAAGAUUUGGCAGCAGCUCGAAGAAGAGUCUCUGCAAUCGCUAAUGUCUCUGCCUCCCAGGAAUGCAUUUGAAGAAAUGGUGAAUUGGACCAAAGAAGGCAAGCUCUGGAACUUUCCUAUUGAUAAUGAACAAGGGGUACUUGAUCACGAGAAGAAUGUGGAUUUCUCUGAACAUGUAUUUCUUCACCACCUGCUUGCUGGUUUUCCCAAAAAGGGUCCUAUCCGACAGUUUAUGGAUAUCGCUGUGUACGCCUUAUCGAAAAAUCCUUUCCUUACCGUACGAGAGAAAGAAGAACAUGUUGACUGGUUUCGAGAAUAUUUUAUGAAAAAACAGGACCUUAUUGUCGAUGUGAUGGGCCAAGAAAUGGGAACGGUAGCUUCGGUAAAAGAGAACAAAACACAGUGUUAGGUCGGCCAGAAAUGCGCAGCCACCGGUAUAAACUUUUAUGUGACAACUUUCGGUUAAUUUUUACUGUUUUAUUCUAGAAUGAAUGUGAUCAUUGUUUGAGCUCUUGUAAAAGCAUGGAUGUAAAAGCACGGAUGACUUUACUCUCCAAGUUUGAAUAAAAAUUGGCAUAGCGAAA